AAAUCUGCAGCCGCAGAAGCGCAAACACCACUGACAGGCGUGCAGGCAGCGCUGCGCUAUCAUCAACCUCUCCAGGGAUCUGCGACUUCUACUGUCACUGCCACUUUUUUUUUUUAAAGAGAAAAUCUGAUUCGACCUGGAUAAGUUUGUCUGCUCCAGUUGUCCUCCCAGGAACGCUUCAUUUUAUUAUUAUUUUUUUUACAUUCCGUCAUUGUUAGAAUAAAAUGCGCCUUGCAAGGUGUAGAAAUCCCCUUCAGGUCCGGACCAAGAUGAAGAGCCUGUGAUCUCUGGAGGAAGCAGAAGCUCAAGGGAUAUUUUUCCUUUUUUUUUUUUUUUUUUUCAAGUAAGGGGGAUUUUUGUGAGACGUCGCAGCUUGGCUCCACUUUAAGGUGAACUUUUGUAACUCUGAGGACCUGAUCUGAGAAGUUAAAACUUUUUGGGGUAGUUUCCCCCCUCAACAAGGAAGCACCCAAUGUUGCAGUCCGUGCCUUUCCUGCUGCAUGUAUCCUUACACUGGGAUUCGGUCUCCUGCUUACCGCCGGAGUUGUGUGCGUAAAAAGAGUUGUGUGCGUAAAAAGACGCGCAAAGCCUGAGAGAGACACAGAGAAGGGGACGAUCCCUCCAAGCUUUCCCGGGGCUCUGAGUGUGAGGAAGCAGGUGCAUUUCAGCCGUCUUUCUGAGAGCCAAGAUGUCCGUGCUCCCUUCAAGGUUCCUCUACCUGUGUUUACACUUUCUGGUUCUCUACUUCCAGCUGCAGGAAUCGCAGCAGAGCACUGCAGAUUUCAGGGUUUACAUUGAGAACCACACAAGGAACCCGGAUGAUCUGAGCCGAAAGCAGGUCCGGAUCUACCAGCUCUAUAGCAGGACCACAGGAAAGCACGUCCAGAUAUUGGGGAAGAAGAUCAACGCCAAUGGAGAUGAUGGGGGCAAGUAUGCUCUUCUCGUUGUCGAGACGGAAACCUUCGGGAGUCACAUUCGAAUAAAAGGAAAAGAAAGUGAACAUUACAUUUGCAUGAACAAUAACGGCAAAAUUGUCGGAAGGCCCGAUGGAAGGAGGGAAGACUGCGUCUUUGUGGAAGAAUUCCUGGAGAACAACUACACAGCCCUGGUGUCUGCUAAGUACAAAGGAUGGUACCUCGGCUUCAACCGAAAGGGACGGCCCAAGAAAGGGUUCCGCACCACACAGAGGCAACAAGAAGUCCACUUCAUGAAGCGCCAUCCGAAGGGUCGAGUGGACCCGCUAGAGGAGUUCCGUUUCACCCCAGUAACUAAGCGGACACGAAGGGCUCGGCGGUUAAAACAAAACUCCAAGAGGAACUGAUGGGACCGUUGGGACAGCACUAGAUAUCCUCACAAGGGGGGGAAAAACAAACUGAAAAUCUCAAGCUUCUUAAAAGAAUCACCUUAAAGACCCAACUUCUGUAAAAGAAAGAAAAGAAAAAACGAACAAAAGAGUCAAAGA